AUGCUGCCAAAAUUGUCCAAGGCGCGCAGUGUCAAGUUCCAGACGGCGGAACCGGAGCCAGCCUUUAUUACGGCUCGACGGAACGCGCUGCAAGAUCUCACGAACAUCAACGCUAUCCACGUAUCGUGUGCGGUUUGUGGUUGGGGUAGCCCGAGUGUGCGGAUUGAGCGCGAGUUGGAGGAGUUCAUCGACCUCCGUGACCACCUGUACAACAUUAUGUUUGCAGCGCACUACCGACAGUACUACAAGUUUUGUCUUGGGGUGCUGGACUCGGUAAUCAGCGGUGUGGACCCUGGCGGCUUCUUCUUCACGUUGUUCGGAGAAGAGCGCGCCGCCCGCAAGCUCACCAAGUUCGUUGAAGAUUUAGUCGAGCCCACCCUCCAGCACGCCUGUGCCAAUACCCAUAACUGCUGCGCAGCACAGAUUUGGGUGCCUCAGUCCAUCCACGCCUUCCUCUUUACAGAUAACAACUCGCGGCUCAAUUCCAAUUAUUAUUUUCAUUUACGCUGUAUUGUCAGUUUUGGGCAAUUUUAG